GGGGAAGGCUGAGGCGCAGCCAUUUUGGUUGCGGGCGUUGUUGGGGCUGAGGGGAAGGGCGGUUUCAGUCCCGGCGGGCUGCGCUUCCCAUUGGGGAUGGACGCUGCGGUGCCGCCUCGCUGGGAGCAGGUAGUCUGGUGGAAGUAGUCGUGUGUUAACUAGCUACCUGCUGUCUCUGGUUUCAUACGGAUUGCUGGCUGUUUUAAGGACUCCCGAGCAAAACAGACGAAUAAGCACAAAGCUACAGAUGUACGUAUAGCCAGGAAAAGGGGCCUGACAGGGAAUUAAAAAGAUUCCCUUCCCGCUUGAAGGUGGUCUGCUUUAUUAUAAAUUGAGAUCAUUUAAUCCCUUCACAAUAAUAUAAACAGCUGAUACUUUGAAUAAAAAGGAAAAAAUGAUGUCAAGGCAGGCCUUUCUCUGCAGUUUGGGAUCUCUGUAUUUGUCCCUUCUGUUUGUAUUUCUUCUAAUGGAUGUUUAUGCAAGGCCUGCAAAUAAUUCAGCCCUCAAAGAAAAGCCAGCUGACAGUAAAGACGAGAAUGAGAUAUUGCCCCCAGAUCACUUGAAUGGGGUCAAAAUGGAGAUGGAUGGACAUCUGAACAAAGAAUUUCAUCAAGAAGUUUUUCUAGGAAAAGAGAUGGAAGAGUUCGAGGAAGAUUCAGAACCCAGAAAAAAUAGGAAGAAGCUCAUGGUCAUCUUCUCAAAGGUGGAUAUAAAUAAUGAUAAGAAGAUAAGUGCAAAGGAGAUGCAGCGCUGGAUCAUGGAAAAGACAGAUGAACAUUUUCAGGAAGCUGUGGAAGAGAAUAAAAUGCACUUCCGAGCUGUGGACCCUGAUGGUGAUGGCCAUGUGUCCUGGGAUGAAUAUAAAAUUAAAUUUUUGGCAAGUAAGGGCUUUAAUGAAAAGGAGAUCGCAGAGAAGAUAAAAAACAAUGAAGAGCUGAAAAUAGAUGAAGAAACCCAGGAAGUUUUAGAUAACCUGAAGGAUCGAUGGUACCAAGCUGACAACCCACCUCCUGAUCUGUUGUUGAAUGAAGAAGAAUUCUUGUCCUUUCUUCAUCCAGAGCAUAGUAGGGGAAUGCUGAAGUUCAUGGUGAAAGAAAUCAUCCGAGAUUUGGAUCAAGACGGAGAUAAGAAGCUUACCCUGUCAGAGUUCAUUUCAUUACCUGUUGGUACUGUAGAGAACCAGCAAGCUCAAGAUAUUGAUGAUGACUGGGUAAAAGACAGAAGGAAGGAAUUUAAGGAGGUCAUCGAUGCUAACCAUGAUGGCAUCGUCACAAUGGAAGAGCUGGAGGAAUAUAUGGAUCCUAUGAAUGAAUACAAUGCGCUAAAUGAGGCGAAGCAAAUGAUAGCAGUAGCAGAUGAAAAUCAAAACCAUCACUUGGAGCUGGAGGAGAUCCUGAAAUACAGUGAAUACUUCACGGGCAGCAAGCUUAUGGACUACGCACGGAAUGUCCAUGAGGAGUUCUGAUCCUGCUCGCUUUUCCAGAGCUCUGAAGCACUUUCUUGCUUUACAGAAAAAAAAAAAAAAAAAAAAAAAAAAAAAAAAAAAAAAAAAAAGAAAAGGAAAAAACCCAACCCCUAAACAGACAGAAAGUUACUUUGCUGCUAUCUGUUAUAUGCCUACAGUGUGUUGUCCUAGAUUAAAAACAACUUCCGUCCAUACAUAAGAUCUACAGCUCUGUUGCCUUCGGUUUAAGGGGGGAAAAAAAAAAGGUCCAUAAAUAAGGGGGCAUGUGCUGGACUAUGUCAGUUUGCCCUGGUUUGUACAGUUAAUCCAGCUGAAAUUUCAGCUGCUUUGGGCCAAUCAUAUUUGGUGGAGGCUUCUUAAUUAUUUAACUCUUGUUGUUGCCCUCAUAGCUGCUGAUCCAGGGAAAUCACAAAAAACACUGAAAGAUACUUGGUUUUGUAAGGGGGAUCGUGGUUCAAAUACGUGUGUUCUGACCUCAGGAGAAUAUCCCUGCAUAGACUGAUUGGCUGAAUCUUCCAAUAUUUUUCUCAGUGUGUCUCGACCUACUUAUAUAUUGUUGAGAAUUAAAUGCAAGUUCUUUCUCCAUCGCUGAACUAUAUUUAGGGGCCGUGGGGAAGAACUUCUGCAUCUACUUUAAAAGGAAAACUGUUUAUAGUGUGACAGGUUCUGUGUUUGCACUGGGAAUGUGAGCGACUUGAGAUUGCUUUUGUCUUAAAAAAAUCAAAUUUCAUCCUAAAGUGAAACGAUGGGGAAAGUUUCUUUGUGGACUUCAAUACGUUGGAGACAACAAUGUCAUUCACCUAGAGGUGUGAUUACUACUUAACUAAAAUUCAUUGUUAAAACGAGUUUAAUUAAUUGCUUCUGAGCAAAUUAAUGAUGCCCAUGAAUUCAUGAGUGAUGAAGCUGGGGAAAUACAGGCUUUGCUUUUUUACUGCUUUUGCCAGAGCAAUGUACAGUCAGCACUUGGGAAGCUUUUUAAUCAGUCUGGUUUUGGGUAAUCUCUGAAAACAUCUUGCAACAGAAGGGUCAUAUCCACUACUGUCUAAAAUAGAAAAUUUAUUUUUACUCUGGUUCCAUCUUUACUGUAAAAACCCCUCUUUCUGAAGGGUUGCCUGAAAAUCCAAGUGAGAUGUUAUAUUUGAUUAAAUUUAUUCUCUUAAUAUAAUGUAAAUAUAAGUAUUGCUGUCUGGUUCUGUUCCAAUAUUCCCUCCCUCCUUUUUAUUUUUUUGUUUUUGUUAAAUGGCUUGUAUCAGAGUCUUUUUAUAUACAUACCUUUUUUUUCAUUAAAUAUUUUUCUCCGUGCUUUGGAAA